AUGGAUCUUUUUCAAGAAUCUGCAACUUUCCCUUCCAUCACCAUGGAUGUGGAAGUCCUAGUAGAUAUGCUUCGAGUGAAAUUGUACUCUGUUUCUAACAUUGCAAGGGCUUCGAAUAUGCAUUCCCAACUCAGAAAACUAGAGCACUUUAUUCGACUUUCUGAAGGUAAAUGUCAUUUUGAUAAUCUGGAAGCCAAGAGGAUAAAGCUCGAGCUAAAGCUCGUUUUAUAUGAUGCUGAACAUGUCAUUGACGAGUAUGAAAUUUGGUCUUUGCAAAACCGGUUGCUUCCCAGUUCGACAUCAUCAAAGGUCUGUGGUUUUUUCUCUUACAUUGCCUAUCGAAUCCGAUUGUGGCUUGAAAUUCGAAAGCUCGUUAAUAAAUUGGAUAAGAUAGGCAAGUACAAAAUUUAUAUCAGGUUGCAUUCUGGGGGUUUUAGUCUUUUUAGAGCAAGAGGGCUCACGCAUACACGUGCAUUUCUACAUUUCUCUGGUGUUGUGGGGAGGGACAUCGAUAGAGAUACUGUUGUUGAAAUGCUUUUAAAAUCAGGUGUUGUGGGGAGGGACAUCGAUAGAGAUAUUGUUGUUGAAAUGCUUUUAAAAUCAGGAAAUGAAGCAAACCUUUUUGUAUUUCCGGUUGUUGGAGUUGGAGGCAUUGGAAAGACUACUCUUGCAAAGUUGGUGUAUAAUGAUCCAAGGAUAGUUAGUCAUUUUCAAUUGCGUUUGUGGGUUCAUGUGUCUCGUGUGUUUAAAGUAGAGAAAUUGUUGGAACACAUUGUGAAUUCAGUUAGAGAAGAUAUAUGUGAGAAUCUUGAUGUGAAUGAACUGCAGAAUCUAGUUCAGGAGACUGUGUGUGAAAAGAAUUAUUUGAUUGUUUUAGAUGAUGUGUGGAAUGAGGACCCAGUGAAGUGGGAUGAAUUGAAGAAGUUGUUGAUGGUGGGUGCUUGUGGAACCAAGAUUCUUGUAACUACUAGGUUAGAGGAAGUAGCUUCGAUGAUGGGGACAGUUCCUGCAUACUGUUUGAAGGGUUUAUUAAGUGAAGAUUGUCUGACUUUGUUCCUGAGAAACGCCUUUGAACAAGGUCAAGAAGUGCUAUAUCCAAAUCUUGUUGGGAUUGCAUCAGAUAUAGUGCAGAAGUGUGAGGGAAAUCCCUUGCUCUUAAUGAUUGAAGGAUCUUCAUUGUGCAUGGAAACUCAGGAGUGGAAGUGGAAUAGGAUUAAAAAUCAUGCUAUGUGGAACUCAAAUCAGAAUGACAAAAUUUCACCUGCACUAAGAGUCGGCUAUGAACAAUUGCCAUCUAAUCUCAAAGUCUGUCUUGCUUACUGCUCAAUAUUUCCCAAGGGCUGUGUGAUUGAAAUAGAUAAAUUAAUACAGUUGUGGGUAGCAGAGGAUUGCAUGACUGUACAUGAUCUUGCACUGUCAGCAGCAGGGUUUGAAUUUUGUACGGUAACUUCUCAUAUACAAAACAUUUCUGAUGAGGUCAGACAUGUGGCAUUUUCUGACUAUGGUUUGUCAGGCAAGGAACUUCCAGCAUCCCUUCUCAAUAACCAGGCAUUAAGGACCAUAUCCUUCUCCGUCGAUGGCACAGGGCCAAUGAGUACAUUGUAUGUUGAGAAUUGCAUAGCAAGAUUCAUGCAACUCAAGGUUCUAGAUAUCAGUGAUUCAUGUUUUGAUGAGCUGCCUAGCUCUGUUGGCGAAUUGAAGUACUUAAGAUAUCUUGACAUAAGUGCCAACGGUAGCAUUAAAGAAUUACCCCAUUCAAUUAACAAGCUGCUGAGCUUACAGACACUUCGAGUUUCUCAUUGUGCACAACUUGAAGGGCUACCUAAAGAUAUUGGAAAUUUGAUCAGCCUAAAACACUUGUAUAUAACCACCAAGCAAGCCUGUUUUCCUGAUAAAGCAAUUGGCUGCUUAUCAUCUCUUCGUUCUUUGUUUAUUUACAGCUGCAACAAUCUCGUAUCUUUGUCUGAAGGUCUGCAACAUCUGACUAGCCUUCGCACAUUGGCAAUCAUCGGCUGCCCAAGACUGACCUUUUUCCCAAGUGCUAUGAAACACCUUACUGCUCUGGAGAAUCUGUUGAUUGUUGACUGUGAAGAACUUACAUUGUUGGAGUGGCAAGAUAUUGAAGGGCUUAGGAUGCUCCGGUCACUGGUUAUCGGAGGCUUACGCGAAAUGGAGUCAAAAGAUGUUCAAUGUCUUGGGAGCCUUCAGAUGUUGGUGCUCACUGGUUUACCACAGUUAGUUACUCUGCCUCGAUGGCUUGAAGGUGCUAGUUCUACUCUACAGUAUCUGAGGGUAGAAAGGUGCCCGAAUUUUGCAGCAUUGCCAAAGUGGCUGGAAAAUCUCACCUCACUUGAAAAACUUGAAAUAUCCAAGUGCAUGUUAUGCCUUAAAUGGUGGUUUUUUGUGCCUAUUAUCAAAGAUAAUCGUGUAAACAUUGCACCAUCACAGCCAGAAGUACUUUGGAGCUAUGUUGCUCAGACUCUUCAAAAUGCUUCCGCACCCGUGUUGGAUCCUCCAUAA